AUGACUGAAUGGAGAUACGUUACGAACAUGCCAUUCGUCUGUGAGCUCUUUUUCUUUGUUUUAGAAUAUGGGAAGAUCUGUGUGGUUGCUUGGAUCUUUUUAGAAACAUUCUAUGUUCACAAUCGGAUCUGUUGGAAUCUUUGCAGGAAAGAGUCUCUAGCGGCUUACCUUGGAUUCGGUUACUUGCUCCCUUUCAUCAACGCUAUCUUUUGGUUGUUUUCUUUGUGGAAAGAUCACGACUUUAAAAUGGAGAAAUGUCUAGGAAGCUACUACUUACGGAGCAUGUUAAUUCUCAGCGUGCCAAAGUUGAUUACAAAUACAUUAACAAUGAUCAUGUUGUUAAACAUCGCUCGAGUCCUUUUAUGUCAUUACAAGAACUACGUACCAACAGUCGAGUACAAAAGAAUCAAAAUCCACAUUGUGAUCGCCUUUUUCCUAUUUCUCUUGGUGGCAAUUCCAGAGAUUCUUCACUUGUUCCCACUUUCAUUAAACAAAAACACUUUCCUGCUAUUCAAAAUCUACUCCUACACGUUAACAAUCAGCAUGGUUCUUCAAGGGAUUAUUGUAGCUGUGAUUUUCCUGCUUCUUAACAAAGAGGUCAUUGACGAGUUCAGGGAUCUUUCGUGGAGACGCAAAAACUCAAAGAUUGUCUUACAAAAUCAAACUUUGACCGAGUACACCCAA